GGAGGGGGAGCGGGAGCGGGAGGAGCGGCCGGGCCUGGGGCCUAGAGGCCGGGGAGCCGGGAAGCCGGGAAGCCGGGCCGGCGCGCCGAGAUGCUGCUGCUGCUGCUGCUGCCGUUGCUGCCGCCGCUCUUCCUCCGGCCCCCGGGCGCGAGCGGGGCGCAGACCCCCAACGCCACCUCAGAAGGUUGCCAGAUCAUACACCCGCCUUGGGAAGGGGGCAUCAGGUACAGGGGCCUGACCCGGGACCAGGUGAAGGCUAUCAACUUCCUGCCCGUGGACUAUGAGAUAGAGUAUGUGUGCCGGGGCGAGCGCGAGGUGGUGGGGCCCAAGGUCCGGAAGUGCCUGGCCAACGGCUCCUGGACGGACAUGGACACGCCCAGCAGAUGCGUCCGAAUCUGCUCCAAGUCCUAUUUGGCCCUGGAGAACGGGAAGGUUUUCCUCACGGGUGGGGACCUCCCCGCUCUGGACGGAGCCCGGGUGGAUUUCCGAUGUGACCCUGACUUCCAUCUUGUGGGCAGCUCCAGGAGCGUCUGUAGUCAGGGCCAGUGGAGCACUCCCAAGCCGCAGUGCCAGGUGAAUCGAACGCCGCACUCAGAACGGCGCGCAGUGUACAUCGGGGCGCUGUUCCCCAUGAGCGGGGGCUGGCCCGGGGGCCAGGCCUGCCAGCCCGCGGUGGAGAUGGCGCUGGAGGACGUGAACAGCCGCAGGGACAUCCUGCCGGACUAUGAGCUCAAGCUCAUCCACCACGACAGCAAGUGUGACCCAGGCCAAGCCACCAAGUACCUGUAUGAGCUGCUCUACAAUGACCCCAUCAAGAUCAUCCUUAUGCCCGGCUGCAGCUCCGUGUCCACGCUCGUGGCCGAGGCUGCCAGGAUGUGGAACCUCAUCGUGCUUUCCUACGGCUCCAGCUCACCGGCCCUGUCCAACCGGCAGCGCUUUCCCACAUUCUUUCGAACUCAUCCGUCCGCCACGCUGCACAACCCCACGCGCGUGAAGCUCUUUGAGAAGUGGGGUUGGAGGAGGAUCGCCACCAUCCAGCAGACCACGGAGGUCUUCACCUCGACUCUGGACGACCUCGAGGAGCGAGUGAAGGAGGCUGGAAUCGAGAUCACUUUCCGCCAGAGCUUCUUUUCCGACCCGGCUGUGCCCGUCAAGAACCUGAAGCGCCAGGAUGCCCGAAUCAUCGUGGGACUUUUCUAUGAGACCGAAGCCCGGAAAGUGUUUUGUGAGGUGUACAAGGAGCGGCUCUUCGGGAAGAAGUACGUCUGGUUCCUCAUCGGGUGGUACGCUGACAACUGGUUCAAGAUCUACGAUCCGUCCAUCAACUGCACCGUGGACGAGAUGACCCAGGCCGUGGAAGGCCACAUCACCACCGAGAUCGUCAUGCUGAACCCUGCCAACACCCGCAGCAUCUCCAACAUGACGUCCCAGGAGUUUGUGGAGAAACUGACCAAGAGGCUCAAGAGACACCCCGAGGAGACGGGUGGCUUCCAGGAGGCGCCGCUGGCCUACGACGCCAUCUGGGCCUUGGCGCUGGCCCUGAACAAGACGUCCGGUGGGGGCGGCCGCUCCGGCGUGCGCCUGGAAGACUUCAACUAUAACAACCAGACCAUUACCGACCAGAUCUACCGGGCGAUGAACUCCUCGUCCUUCGAGGGCGUCUCUGGUCACGUGGUGUUUGAUGCCAGCGGCUCCCGGAUGGCCUGGACCCUCAUCGAGCAGCUGCAGGGGGGCAGCUACAAGAAGAUCGGCUACUAUGACAGCACCAAGGACGAUCUUUCCUGGUCCAAAACGGACAAGUGGAUCGGAGGGGCCCCCCCGGCUGACCAGACCCUUGUCAUCAAGACAUUCCGCUUCAUGUCCCAGAAACUCUUCAUCUCGGUCUCUGUGCUGUCCAGCCUGGGCAUCGUCCUGGCUGUGGUGUGUCUGUCGUUUAAUAUCUACAACUCUCACGUCCGUUACAUCCAGAACUCCCAGCCCAACUUGAACAAUCUGACUGCUGUGGGCUGCUCCCUGGCGCUGGCGGCUGUCUUCCCCCUCGGGCUGGAUGGUUACCACAUCGGGAGAAGCCAGUUCCCCUUCGUCUGCCAGGCGCGCCUCUGGCUCCUGGGUCUGGGCUUUAGUCUGGGCUACGGCUCCAUGUUCACCAAGAUCUGGUGGGUCCACACGGUCUUCACGAAGAAGGAGGAGAAGAAGGAGUGGAGAAAGACCCUGGAACCCUGGAAGCUGUACGCCACCGUGGGCCUGCUGGUGGGCAUGGACGUCCUCACUCUCGCCAUCUGGCAGAUCGUGGACCCCUUGCACCGGACCAUCGAGACUUUCGCCAAGGAGGAGCCGAAGGAAGACAUCGACGUGUCCAUCCUGCCGCAGCUGGAGCACUGCAGCUCCAGGAAGAUGAACACGUGGCUCGGCAUCUUCUACGGCUCCAAGGGGCUGCUGCUGCUGCUCGGCAUUUUCCUUGCCUACGAGACCAAGAGCGUGUCUACGGAGAAGAUCAACGACCACCGGGCCGUGGGCAUGGCCAUCUACAACGUGGCGGUCCUGUGCCUCAUCACUGCCCCGGUCACCAUGAUCCUGUCCAGCCAGCAGGACGCAGCCUUCGCCUUUGCGUCCCUUGCCAUAGUGUUCUCCUCCUACAUCACUCUGGUCGUGCUCUUCGUGCCCAAGAUGCGCAGGCUGAUCACCCGGGGCGAGUGGCAGUCGGAGGCGCAGGACACCAUGAAGACAGGCUCCUCCACUAACAACAACGAGGAGGAGAAAUCCCGGCUGUUGGAGAAGGAGAACCGGGAGCUGGAGAAGAUCAUUGCUGAGAAAGAGGAGCGAGUCUCCGAGCUGCGCCAUCAGCUUCGGUCUCGGCAGCAGCUGCGCCCCCGGCGCCACCCCUCGACGCCCCCAGACCCCUCGGGGGGCCUGCCCAGGGGGCCCCAUGAGCCCCCGGACAGGCUCAGCUGUGACGGGAGCCGGGUUCAUUUGCUGUACAAGUGAGGGCCCCGGGGACCGGGGAGGGGCUGGGAGGAAGGCCUCCUCUGUGGGUCUGGGAUCGGCUGGGUCCCCAGGACUGCAGACCCGGCGCGUUGGCUCUCGCGCGCUGGCAGUUUUCCGACAGCCGCGCUGGCCGGUUUGUGCCUGGCUGCAGCUUCCUGCCCCGCCGCACCGCGCCCCUUCCCCUCCCCCCGUGCCCGCCGCAGCCUGGUCUCCUGCCUCCCGCCCACCCUUCCCGCUCUGCCAGCUUCGUCCCCCUGGAGGUGCCCGCCUCCACCCCGUGCGUGCUCACACUUCCCGACACACACGCGCGUGUGCAUGCGUGCUCACACGUGCCUCUCCCUCCGGCGCUCACGUGUGUGCCCUGUCCUUGCCUCCCUCCUGCGCUCGGGGCCCCUGCGCCCGUUGGGUGCCGAGCGGAGGCUUUCCCCACCAGCGCACAUCCGUGUUUCCCCCUGCGUUCCCCCGUGUGUGCUCAUGGAACCCGGGUUCCCUGCCUUUGCUCCUUAAGACCUUUGUAUCCUCCUAGCAGAGCCCGAGGCCCGCACGCUCCGCAGCUCACACCCUCACGUGCUUUCUGCUUGAACCCCCACCCCGCCGUCGUGCUCAUGUCCACGCUACGUCCACGCUCCGCGUCCUUCCCAGGGCUGCUCCCUUUGGUUUUGUGUUUUUCUGGGGGGACUUGAGGGAGAAGGAAUGGGGGCAGGCUUGGGGAGCUGCUUCCAGCAGACAGUUGGUGAGAAUCCCAACCGCAGGAAGGCUCCCCAACCCCGACGGCUGGCAGGGACAGACGGAGCCACCGGGCAGGAGGGGGCAUCCCUUCCAUGCCAAGGCAUCUCUUGGGGAGGGAUCUCCCCCAGUCUCAAUAAACCAGUGAACCGUGUGACUCA